AUCACGAGCAUCGAAUCGUCGCCUUUGCCCGGCGCACAAUGUUCAGCAGAACCAUCCCUCGCGCUGCACCGCGAAUAAGCGCAUUCGCGCAAUGUACAGCACAGCCGUCACUACAGAGAGUCGCUCAGCUGCCGACAAGAACAUGGCGCCCCGUCCAGCAGCAGUUGGGGAGGCGGUACAAGGCCACGAUGCGUGAGCAGUUCAAGGAACAGGUGCGCAGGAGCCCUGUACUAUUUCCUUUUGCCAUUGUCAUCAUCACCGUCGUCUCUGGCAUCUGCGUCCUCUACAUUCCCUGGUACUACCGCAACAUCAUCACCAAGCCGUACCACAACUUCCCCGAGCCCGUUGCCAAGAAGUUGCGCAGGGCUCUCUUCUACAGCCGCGGCAAGUGGCUCGACAUCCGCGAGGCCAACAAGUACUUCCGCCAGGCCCUACAGCUCGCCGACGAGUUGGGCAUGGAUCCUUUUAGUGACGAGAUCAUGGGCGUCAAAUACACCAUUGCCGCGCUGUUUGAGGAUGCCGGGUACUACAGUCUGGCAAUUGACGUGCUGGAGAUUAUGAGGGCCGAUUGUCGGACAUGGGAAGAGAAGUUCUCGGAUAAACACUGGAAUGACGGGAAUCGAAGUCGCGUGAAGAAGAAUAUGGUGCAGAUCAAUGUCAAGCUGGCGCAGCUCUACGACGUAAAAUAUGUCAACGAGCCGGAGAACGGGGAGAAGAGGCUGGUCGAGGCUGUCGAAAGCGCACUGGGGGAGAAGCAAAGACGAGAGAAGGAGGGUCUGAAGACGGGCGAGGGGCCCUGGAUGACAGACGACGAGAUGGGCGCCACAUUAGAAGCUCUCGGUACACACUACGAGCAAUUCGACUCGCACUACCUUGCCACCCCGCUCUUCGUCAAAGCCCUGGAACUCUGCCCACCGAAAUCCUGCCACAGUGUUGUUCUCAUGAACAACAUUUCUACAUCCCUCGUCCAGCAAACACCACCCUCAUCUUCUUCCGCCAUAACUCUCUCUUCCACACCCUCUGACUUCCCCGUCACAAACUCCGCGCCGCGUGCCGUUCUCAUAGAACAAGCCCGUCAAUGGGCCACGAAAGCCCUCGCACAAGGCGGGGCUAUCCAGGCGCCGGACAGAGACGAAGAGUGCGAUAUGGGAUGUGCCGUGGCGACGCAUAAUCUUGGCGAGUUCUUCGAGAUGGAGGGCAGACUGAAGGAGGCGAAGGAGAAAUACCAGGAGGCUGUUGGCUUGGCGAAGAAGCUGGGGUUUACGGAGGGCGUUACGAAUGCGAGAGCAGGGUUGAAGAGGUGCAAGGAAGCGGAGAAGAAAGCAUCGUAGAAGAGAGGCGAGAAGACAUUGUAUCACUGUAUGUACGGAAUACGAUGAUGGAAGUGCUGUGAUCAGCUUGUCAAGUGCUGUGUCUUCGUUCUCCACACUACGCGCCAGAGAAGAAGACCGACUCGGACAACCUUCAUCUGACGCUCGUACCAUGUCUUUUUCCAUUAUAAACUUUCAU